CAUUCUUUGAUCAAACAUUAUUGUCGUUGUUGUGUUUACGUUGUUUUUUUUCUAUAGAAAAAUAUUUGAAAAACAAGUAUAAACAUGGAAAAUUCGGAUGAUUCGGACAAUAUUGGUGAUGAAUCAACCGAAUUCAAUGUAAAAUCAAAUUAUUUUCGUUUAAGUUUUUUACCGAUCGUUAUUUAUAAAUAUAGUGUACAGAUAAUACCUAUGAUUUAUCGUGAAAAUGAAAUUUUAAAUAUCGUUAAAAAAUUUAUUAUAAAAAAUUCAACAUUAUUGCCAAGAUGUUAUUAUGAAAAUGGUUAUAUUUAUUCACGUUCGUUAAUUAUCUCCGAUCAAAUUCGAUACAGAACGGUUAAUUGGAAUAGAGGUUUUCGUAAUAAUCGAUUUACAAUAAAUUUAAGAAAUAUUGGUCAAUUCAAUUCAUUAGUUGAAGCCGGAGUGAAUUUGCAAAAAUUUUUUCGAUUCUCCAUACAGAAACAGAAAAAAUUAAUCAAUUCGGAUCUUUUUAUUCAAAAUGAAUAUCCAUUCCCGAACGAUAGAAUUUCAGUUAUUGUUGGAUUUGGAUUUUCAAUCAUUCCGAUGUCAGAACCAUUAAUUCUUAUAUCAAGACAUGCAAUAUUAUAUGAUGGAAUGAUUAAAAUUUAUAAUAAUUCAUUUUCAAAUGAAAGUAUUUUAGCAUUAAAUGAAGAAAUGAAACGUUGUCCAAAAGAAGAAUUUGAAUUUUUUAGAAAAUGUUGUACAGACAUAGAAAAUUGUGUCGAAUCAUUCGGAAUCAAGAUUCAUUCGGAGCCAUUCGAAACAAACGGAACAAAACUUCAACAUCCAAAAAUUAUGCCAGACUCACCGGAUAAACCAUUCUACAAUAAACCAUCACAUACAAUCGAAUUUGCUAUUCUUUGUUUUCAUCCAUUCGAUUUGGAUAAAAUAAAAGAAUUUGAAGAUUCGUUUGUUGAAAAAGCAAAAAAAUUUGGAAUGAAUUUUGAAAAAUGUUUCGAUACACAAUUCGUUGACAUUCGAAAUGAUUCGGAAAUUGCAACAGUUUUUCAAAAUUUAAAAAUUCGUGAUAUUCAUUUUGUUUUCAUUGGACUUUCGCAACGUUCAAGGAAAAAUUUUGCUUUUGAAAAGAUCAAAUCUCAUGCAACUAAUAACCAUGGGCUAGUCACUCAAAUAUUCAUAAUUGAAAAACUAGAUUUUAAUGUAGAUAUUCCAGAAUUUUUUGACAGUUUAGCAAUUAAAUCCUGUUUGAAACUAGGUGGUCAACCAAAUAUAAUCGAUCCCAAUUAUUGGAAUACUUUUCCUUUUAAGCCAGAAUCUACUAUGGUAGUUGGAACUUUUUGUAAUCGAUUCGAGCUCGAUAAUUUUAAAUAUCAACUCUUCUCACAUUCAAUUGUGGCAUCGAUAGAUACCGAAUUCUGUCAAAACAUUUCCAUCGAACGUGUUUCAGUAAAACCAAACGAUGAAAAACUCAUUGAAGAAAUAUUUCGAAUUGCAUUAGAGGAAUAUCAUAAAGAACAUGAUAAAUAUCCUAAAAAUAUUAUUAUAUUCCAUGGAAAAAGAUACACAGAUUUAAAAUCUGUUGCUGAAUCACUUGAUGAACGAAUAAAGGUGACAAGUUUUUCGAUCGAUAAAUUUUCACCUAUUCGUUUCAUCACAAAUAAAAACGAAAAAGUUCCGAUCGGUACUAGUGUUGAUCUUAAAUUUCAACAGCCUAUUUUGAAUCGUUCGACAAAAGAGUUCGCUAUUUGUAUUGAGAUCGGAAACGAAGGUGUCCGAUACAAAACAACAAAAUAUACAGUCAUCAAUGAUGAUUCGGGAAUGUCUGAUACACAAAUCAAACAUCUUUGUUAUGCAAUGUGUCAUUUUUAUUUUGAUAAUUUCUAUAUCAAUGAUGUACCAUUUUCAUUUGAAUUGGCUGAAUAUUUUGCAAAAUCAGCAAUUACAAGAUGUAUUGGUCGAAAUGAUAUUAAUCCAAUUGAUUCGAUGGAAGAAAUUAUUGAAAAAUUUUCUCGUAAAGUUCGUGUUCAUGGUUAUCUCGAAUAUCUUGUGGAUGAUGAAUAAUCU